GUUUGUUAUACUCGCGCGUGUGAGUGAAGAAAAAAAAAUUGUAUAGACCACGGGACGAUCAAUGUUGGAUCGCUACUCGAACGAGGAAGUGUUUAUUUACGUUGGACUAGCUCUUGUGGGUUUCAUGAAUCAUAAUUUUUAUAUGAUAUUUUUUAUACCGUAUUUAACAAAGUACAAUCACUAGAAAAUUAUUAAUUGUUUAGUACACUGGAAACCAAUGGGAUUAUUUCUUCAAUAAUAUAUAGUACAUUUAGCUCUGUUGACAUAAAUUUUCUCACACUUUCAUUUUACGAUUUGUAAAUAUUAUUACAUCUAUAAGUUACCUAGUUCGACGUGUACAUCAUUACUAAACAAUUAGUCGUUGAUCAAGUUCCGAGUGAUAAACAUGGAAUUCAGUGGUGUAUAUAACUCUGAUUUCAGAGUGAAGGAGGAACUAAAUGAUGUUUUCCCAAUUGAAAAUGAAGAUUAUAUGAUAAUUGACAAUGCACGCGAUGCUAAAACCGACGAAUUCUCGAGUUUUUGUCGAGAAAAUUUAAUUCAUGAGCUUCGAGAAUAUGAUGAAAAUUCUGGACCUAAUAACGAUUUGGAAAUAGAAUUCGAAUGUAAGGACGAGAAGCUCGGCAUUAACUUAUUAGUAGUCAAGAAAAUCGAGGAUGAAUAUCCAGAUCAUUUGCAGCAUAUGAAAAAUAGUUGCGAUUAUCAGACUCAAAAGAAAAUUAAAGAAGAAAUUGUCGACGAAGUAAAAGAAGAAUUAAAUUUGGAUGAUGAACUCAGUGAUGCAUUUGAUGCAAAUGAAAAAACAUUUGCUCAAAAAAGUCAAUGCAAAACCCGCACUGAUAAAUUACGCAAUCUUGCCAAACAUCCAUGUAAAAUAUGCGGUGAAAAAUUUACACAAAAAGAUAAUCUCAAGGUCCACAUCGAUUCAGUACAUAAUGGUGUUAAGCAUACGUGUGUUACACGUGGAAAAACAUUCACACAAAAAGGAAUGCUCAAAAUUCACAUCAAUGCAGCUCAUAAUGGUGUUAAACAUGCGUGUGGUAUAUGUGAAAAGACAUUCACACAAAAAAGAUAUCUCAAGGUCCACAUCGAUUCAGUACAUAAUGGUGUUAAGCAUACGUGUGUUACAUGUGGAAAAACAUUCACACAAAAAGGAAUUCUCAACAUUCACAUCAAUGCAGCUCAUAAUGGUGUUAAACAUGCGUGUGAUACGUGUGGAAAGACAUUCACACACAAAUAUACUCUCAAAAUCCACAUCGAUGCGAUACAUAAUGGUAUGGCACUUAAAUGCGAAGUAUGUGAAAAGACAUUCACACAAAAAGGAGAUCUCAAGAGGCAUAUCGAUGGACAUAAUGGUGUUAAACAUGCGUGUGGUACGUGUGGAAAGACAUUCACACAAAAAGGAAAGCUCAAAAUCCACAUCGAUGUGAUUCAUAAUGGUAUGACACCUAUAUGCAAAAUAUGUGGAAAGACAUUUUUAUUUAAGGAUAGUCUUAAAAGGCACAUGGAGUCAAUGCAUAAUAAGAUCACUUACCCAUGUAAUACGUGCGGCAAGACAUUUUCACGAAAGGAUAAACUGAAAAUCCACGUGGAUUCAAUCCAUAAUAAAAUAACUCACGCAUGUAAUACAUGCGGUAAAACGUUUGCGCUAAAAAGUACUCUCAAGAAACAUGUCGAAGCAUCGCAUGAUAAUAAUGGGUUAUCUGAAUAAACACGUCAAAGUUGUGCAUGAGAUCAAUGCAGAAAAAAAAUGUCCGCAAAAUAUUUUAAAACGACAACUAACAAUGCACCACGAGAAAACAUUGAGACAAGGCUCAAAACUGUCAUUAAUACAGAGCUUCAUUCACGCAUUAUGAUAAACAAAAUGUAUGUAAUGUUUAUUCAAUUUUGUAAAAAAACAAUUAUCAUCAUAUUUUAGAUUACUUCGAUGUUUUUCAAUUUCACUACUUCAAAAAAAGUUGAAGUUUUAAGAAAACCAAUAAACUUCUUAUU